GUUUUGAUCCCAUUCAUUUUCUUGUUCUUAUUUCGCUCAUCAUCUAUCCCCUCAGUGCGGAAAACACCUGGGCUGGUCUCAGGGUAACCGUGCAGGAUUAGGAGGAGAUUCCUGUUUGUUUUUUUUAACCGGGAGUGGACAAUAAUAUGUCAAGGCGAAAACAGACCAACCCCUUCAAAGUUAACUGGCCAUUCCACACUUUAGGCAUCACAGGAAUACAGCACACUAUUAAUAUGGACGGCAGGGACGAAUUCACCGAAGACAGUGAAUGCUGCAGCAACAACUCCCAGGAAAUCCAAGAGCAGGAUAGCAUCUCAGACAGCGAUAGUGACCCUGACAUCCACGGAGAAGAUUCAUCCUCCAACUGCUCGGCUGACGACCACAUGACCACCAAGAGAUCACAGUGCCGUCUGCUAGGAGAGGGAGUCAAAGAGGAGAGCGAGGAAGGGGCAGAACACAACUAUAUUUGUCCUCUCUGCCCGCUGGAUUUCAGCAGCCCUGAAAAGCUCAUCUCUCAUGUCUACCAGCACACGGCUAUGAUGAGCAACACCAAGAGCUAUGUGUGCCCAGUGUGUGGGCGAGCCCUGAGUUCGCCUGGCUCGCUUGGGCGGCAUCUUCUCAUCCACUCUGAGGACCGCCUCUCAAACUGCGCUGUCUGCGGCGCACGCUUCACAGACACAAACAACUUUAACAGGGAGAAGCUUAAAGAUGUCCUCGACACAAACAGAAUGGAUGUCAGCAGUGGGAGGGACAGCUGUUCCCUGACUCAUUCCCUCUCCAGCAGCCCUAUUGCCAGCCCCGGCUCUGGCUCCUGCUCCUGCCAUGGACCUGGCCCCAGCUCCUGCCAGGGCACACACCCUUGUCAAGCACCUGACCUCAACCCACACCUCUGUCAAGCCCACCGUACCUGCCAGGGACCCAGCCACAUCUCAAGCCAGUGUCAAGGCCUGCAACCAUGUCAUGGCCCGGGAUCUGGACCAUGCUCAGGGGCAGGAACAUGCACAGGUUCUGACCAAGGACCUUCCUUUCCCUCACUACCCGACAGUCUCCUCUCUGAUGGGCCCUCACUUGCAUCAAUACCUGACGCUCUAAACUCUUCCUCAAGCCUUCCUCCUAUCCCUGACAUCCUAAGCCCCAUGCCGGUGUAUCCUGCUGGCGUGCUGCUGGUGUGCAAUAGCUGCGUGGCAUACCAGCAGCUGGUGGACGCCCAGUCACCGAUGAGAAAAUGGGCACUGCGCAGGAAGAACGAACCAGUGGAGGCCCGUAUGCAGCGCCUGGAGCGUGAGCGCACGGCUAAGAAGAACAAGCGGGCGUGCGAGACGGACGAGGAGAGGGAGAUAAGGAGGCUGCGAGACAGAGAGGCUAAGCGCAUGCAGAGAAUGCAGGAGUCAGAGGAGCAGCGGGCACGCAGACUGCAGAGAGACAGGGAAGCCAUGCGGAUGAAGAGGGCCAACGAGACACCUGAGAAGAGGCAGGCCAGGCUCAUCCGCGAGAGAGAGGCGAAGAGGAUCAAGCGACGUCUGGAGAAGAUCGACCCGGCUCUGAGGACACAGAUAGAGCAUGAUCCUGCUGCGAUGGCGGCCCUCACAGCAGACAUGAGCCUCUUUCAGUUCCCCUGUCCCAUGCCUGUCCCUUCCAUUGAUAACGGCCUCUUCAUGAAGCUGCCCUAAGUGGACCAGGAGCAUUCUGGCUUCUCGCAGCAUCUUUAACCUCUGCACUAUGCCACCAGUCUGCUAUGUACACUGAGAACCAUUCCUGGCCUCCUCACUUCCAGCCUCCUCGGUGUCCAUCAGCGUCACACUCAAACUGCUUUGUACAGCAAAAACUGCGUCAAUUUCUAAUUUAUUACAGUCUAGAAAACCUUGGGAACAGGGUUAAGAAUGUUUCAUGUUGUAUGGCUGAUGACAUAAUCGCAUGUUGUAAAGAGAUUUAUCAGUCCUUCAGUGGGCUAGCAGAUUUUAACACAGUUCAUUCUAAUAGGGGCAGUUUUACUUCCUAUGAGGAAAAACAAACCUUUUUGCACAUUGACCUUCAGUGACAGAAGCGGGGAGGGGGGGGGGGACUCUGUAGCCACAGCCCACCCACCGCCCAUACUUUCUGGUCUACUCCUCCAGCCCAGUGACCCGAGUUUACUGUACUGGUAGCUACACCUCUCUCUUCAAGCUGCCUCCGUGGGUCCCUGGGAAAUUCAUAUUCACUCAAACUACCUCAGCCGGCGUCGUGGUGGCGCCAUCUGUCUUUGUGGCUUACUGCGUUCACACUCCAGGCUUCCAAAGCUCUCUACAAACUGUACACUCCUACAGAGGAUGCGUUCACAUUUAUCACUCAGGCACUUUCAGAGGACACAAACAUUCAAGGGAGCUUCUGGUAUAUCAACACCAGUUCCAGUUUAUCUCCCAGGUUUUAUUUCUGACCUCUGAAUGUUUUGGUCCUGUUGAAUGCGCCUGAUGUUAAGCAACAUUCCCCCUCACCUCCCGAGUUGUACAACUUAAUGCAUUCAACAUUUUGACAUUCUCUUUGCCAAUAUCUGAAAUGUUUCUUUAUCCGACAUUGUUACACUCCGAAUAUUUUGCCAAUGUCAUUUCUGCUUUUGUUUUGACUUUGUGUUAUAGAGCAUUUCUCUGGCUCAUAAACAAAGUCUGUGCUGCUGGUUAUUGUACUGUACAAUACAUGAGUUACCUCUUACUAUGUUUUGGGCUCAUCAACAGGAACAUUGUACUCAAAUGCUCAUUAAGUGGUUACAAUGACAGUUCCUAGUGUGUUACUUGUUGACAACAGAAUUUGUCACAUUACUUGAAUUCUGCCCACAGAAAAACAAUUUCCUCAUUAGAAGUUAAGCAUCAGAUCGUGGGUUUUUAUUGUUAUAUAGAGGCUCAUAUACAGAUGCAAUUUGUGUAGCAUUAAAAUGGUUAUUAAAGCUGCAGUACCUUAAGUUAAUGCAACCUGAACCAUUUAAACUGGGGUUUGAUAUAUAAAUUAUCCGUCAGCAUAAUUGGUGGAAGAUAUUUAUUUAUUCAUAUAAUAGAGGAACUCAUUUUACAAAAGUUUUAUUUCCCCAUGUGUUACUAGGCACAGGGGCUAGUUUCACUGACUGCAUACAGCCCAUACUGGGACAUUUUAUUAAUCUAUCUUCAUUAACCUCAUUCCAGCACAUAUUUAUGCAAUAUGAUGUGAAUAUAUUUUUCUUGUGAAAGUGUUUUUUGUUGCCGUCAGUGGUAUAAAAAGUGUGAUAAUGUUAAAAUUAGAGUCCAUGUUUGGAUGCUUCUGUUUAUUUUUAUUUUUUUGAUUUCCUGCCUGUAAGGUUACCUUCAGAUUUUCUUGACUUCACUCCUCCAGAUGCAAAUAUUUACAGUGUCAAACAAGCAGUUUCUGAAAUAGUCUGCACAGGAUCUCAGAGAUGAGAACAAGUACUGGUUCUGUUUGAGUCACUCCUAGACAAGAGGUCAAUCUACCUGGCUGUUUGUAAGAGCAUAUUUAACAGAGGGGGACAAAAUAGGGAUUUUUUUUAAAAGUCUUUUCUAGGAGUGCAUCAAACAUCUAUGCAACAGAUGUGUUAUUUAUUCCAAGGGAAAUUAAUUCACUUUUUGCUGAAUCUAUGCAGAAUACAACGUUCAUUUCAACAGACUUCAAUGUUAAGAGUUUCAGCUUCUCAGGCAAUUUAACUCAGUGAGCUGGGCCCAGAGCCUUGACAACACCCUGCUCCGUAAGAAUCAUUUAUAGAUUCAUCAUGUGACGGUUUGAAACAGUCGUGACUUUUCUAGAGACACUUGGUCUUCGGAGAUGUGUUUUCUUCUUACUAGUUCAGCACAUUAAAGCAACAGGGUCUCACUGCCAUCAGAUUCAUAACGAAGUGUAACAAGGGCAGAUCAGUGUUCUCAGCAAAGUCUUCAGGUGUAAUUUUUCCUCUUCUUCUUCUCAGACUAUGAAUACUGGGUAUUCUCACAGUUCGCUCUUUGAAAUUGCUGUGAUCCCCUUCGUCCGUCAGAGGAUGAGUGCAACAGAAAACAGUGACUUCUGCGGGCUGACAGACUAUGGCAAAAGAAGUUCUAUAAACUCUUAAGUGAUGUUGGUCUUUACAGCAGUAUCUUUGCUAUGGAUUAGGUAAGCACUGCAUGUGGUGAAACUGCACUUGUCCUAGAAUGGUUCAAUAUGAGCUUGUGUUCUUCUAUUAGUUUAUGCCUGCCUGUUUCUUACAGUUUAAUCAAAAGAAAAAAUGUGGAAAAUGUUGGCCUUUCUAUAGUAAUUCUACCAGGAUGUUCUCUUUAUGUCCAUGUUUACAAAACAAGACUCUCUGAUCAAGGCCAAAUGAAUGAGCUAAACCGCUAACGAGAACAUUUAGCUUGUUGCGAUAUCAAUGCACCCUUACCGGACAGCACUUUGGGGGAUGAUAUCCUCUGUUACUGGAUUAACAGAUGUACAGACCACGAUGAAACCUGGUAAAGAAUGUGGAAAUAAACAAUGAUUUUACAUAAA